UCCCUCUCUAACGGUCUCACAACGCAUACCAUACAAUUCAGCUAUAGUCCUUUCCCUGAUUCUUCGUCAAUUCUAGUAUUCCUAAAAAAAAACAACCACCAACCAUGGCCGAAGGACACCACCAUCACCACCACCACCACCGCAGCCACCACAAGAAGGAUGAUGCCUUCAUGGAGCCUGGGGUCAUCUUCACGGAGCCUACAGUCGAUUAUAGGAAGGAGGAGAAGCACCACAAGCACCUCCAGCAGCUCGGCGAGCUUGGUGCUGUUGCUGCCGGUGCUUAUGCCUUGCAUGAGAAGCAUAAGGCCAAGAAGGACCCGGAGCACGCUCACCGGCACAAGAUAGAGGAGGAAAUAGCUGCCGCCGCUGCCGUCGGGGCUGUCGGGUUCGCCUUCCACGAGCACCACGAGAGGAAGGAGGCCAAGAAAAAAGAUAAAGAGUCUCAUCAUGGCAAGAAGCACCACCAUCACUUCUAAACCAUGGAAGAUCUCCGUCUCUUUUUGCUGCUAUCUGCCUUGUUUAUGUAAUUUUAUUUCCUUAGAGACUGCCUUCAAUAGUCGCUGUACAUUUGCGGAGGGUGGUUCUUGCGUUUACAUUUCCACAUAUUGUUUUAGGUACAAUGAUUAUAUUGAAUAUUAUUUUC